AUGGAUGUGCGGAAAAUCCAGAAGUUUCAAGUCUUUAUGUUCACCUGUACCGCUUCAGUCCUCGCCUAUUUGUGGAUGCUGCUUGUUCUGUCUGGUAUCACUCCAGACAAGGUGGACAUCUGGGAAGGUGUGGUGACCCUCUUGCUUUUCUUUGUUUUCUUAGCCCUGGCCUUCACAUUGGAUAAAUCCUUCUCCAGCGUCGAAGAUGAAGACGUUGUAGAGGUCCAUCGUCAGCUGGAAUGCAGAUUUGGUCAACCAGUCUCAUUCGAAGGAGUGAGGGCAAUGAUGAUGAAGCCUGCGCGUGCACCAGACUCUCGGAAUUCCAGAGUCACUGCCAAAGGUCAGCUUCGACGGCUCUCAACGGGUGCGAAGAAAGCGCCAAACUUUGACUACGGCUUCGACGAGCCGGAG